AUGACCAAAACACUCAGACCAGGAAUAUACGUCCCGCUUCCUACUUUCUUCGAUGCGAAUGAGGAUCUGGACCUUGAAAGCUAUGCCAAACACGUAGCUCACACCGCCAAAGCUGGGAUACUUCCUGUAGUAUGUGGCUCAAUGGGGGAGGCAGUGCAUCUAACUCACGAAGAACGAGUAUCCCUCAUCAAAACAGCGCGAAGAGCAUUAGAUACCGCUGGUUUGUCUGAUGUGCCUAUAAUGGCUGGAAUAGGAGCAGCCAGUACGAGAGAAAGUAUUGCAGGUGCAGAUCAUGCGAUUCUCAUCACAGGAGGAUAUUACGCUGGUGCAUUGAUCAAAAAGCCUGAAGCGAUCAAGAAGUUCUUUGUAGAUGUAUCAGAAGCUUCUCCCAUACCUGUCUUGUUAUACAACUUCCCUGGUGUUUCAGGUGGUAUAGAUAUGACAAGUGAUUUAGUGGAAGAUAUCGCUAAAUCUGCUCCUAACACAUGUGGUAUCAAACUCACUUGUGGUGCUGUUGGAAAACUCACUCGGAUUGCUGGCCUCGUGAACAGCCCUUCCUUCAUCAAAGACUAUCCCAGAAAGGACCCGAAUGCGCCUUUCCUGGUCAUCGAUGGUUUCAUCGAUUUCCUCCUUCCUUCCAUGUCUGCAGGAGCGUCUGGAACUAUCACCGGUGUACCUAACUUCGCACCUUUGACAUGCAUGAGGCUUUGGGAACUAUGUACUUCGGCAGAUCUACAUGAACCAGAAGUCAUGAAGGAAGCGCAAGCUAUGCAAGAAGUCGUCUCGAGAGCCGACUGGGCAGCUUCCAAUGCAAACAUCCCUGGGAUGAAGAGGUUGUUACAAAAGCUGUUUGGAUACGGACACCUUCCUAGAGCCCCUCUACCUGAAAUGACAGAAGAAGAGGCUCACAAGCUACUGAUUGACAACGCCGCAAUCAAGCGGAUCCUUGAUAUUGAAAAUAAAUUAGAACAGGGGCAAGACGUUGUGCUCAGUUAG